UUUCCGAGUAGCCGCACCGAGUGCACGACGCCGGGCUUUUGGAUUUCUAUAUUUCGAAACUUUGAUUCAAGCAAAUAAAUAUGUCUGAGAAGAAGAAGGAAGGUAGCGAGGCUGAGCCUGAAGAAGAAUUCUCUGUGGAGAAAGUUCUUGACAGAAGAGUUCGGAAUGGAAAAGUGGAGUACUUCCUAAAAUGGAAGGGAUACAGUGAUGCGGACAACACAUGGGAGCCAGAGGAGAAUCUCGACUGUCCAGAUCUUAUCUCAGCCUUUGAAGAGGCUAGGAAAAAAAAAGAAGCUGCCGGCCCUGGAAUAGGACAACCUGAGGGCAAAACUGCAAAGGUGGAUAAAGAUGUGAAGAAACGCAAGUCCACCGCCGCGACGCCAGAUCUCAAAGGUGCUAAAAAGUCCAAGAGUGAUGACAAGAAAGCAUCUGGCUUUGACCGUGGCCUCGAGCCAGAGAAGAUUAUUGGAGCAACAGACAGCAGCGGCGAGCUGAUGUUCCUCAUGAAGUGGCAAGGCACAGACGAAGCGGACCUGGUCCCGGCCAAGCAAGCCAACGUGAGGUGCCCGCAGGUCGUCAUUCAGUUCUACGAGGAGAGGCUCACCUGGCACACGCCGGCGCCUGAUGAUGCCAACAACGAUGACUAGAUUUAACUGCUGGAAGGUUGUGGAGGUGAAAAUAUUCCAUUACUGUGGUAUCAAAACAAACUGUGUUUAGUUUUACUCGGAUUCAUUUAAACUUGGUGUUUUUUCAAGAAAAAUAAUGAUACUUUGUUGGUUGGGAAUAAGACGUUAUUAAUAUUGAUAUUUGAUAAUAGGUAGUGAUAAUCAAACGAGCUUCUUGAAGUGAAGUUCGAUCGAUAUUAUAUGAGUCACUAAAUUUGAAGAUACAUAUAUGACGGAGGGAUGGCCUAUGGCGGGGGCACGCAGUACAUCGAUAUAUUAAUUUCACAGCUUAAAUUAGUAUGCUACCAGUGCAUGAAAUAAGCAUUCGGACUAGUUAACCAUACUAAUGGCUGAUAUUCUAGUACUAAAUGAUGAAAAUGACUAUUCAUUCUUUGGAUGCAAGGAUUCAAAUAAAAGGAUCACAUGAAAACGUUUAAAUCUUUAUUUCACAAAAGUAAACUUCUAAUGACACCUAUGAAAUCAAAUUAACACUGUUCGGAAAACAUAUCAAAACUCAAAAAUCCGCGUUUUCCCAGAGAUACGACCUAGCUAGAUCGAUUUAUCGGCCCCGAAAACCGCCAUGUAGCAAAUGUCAUCAAAAUCGUUACAGCCGUUUCCGAGAUCCCCGAAAUAUAUAUAUAAUGAAAUAAAUAUAUACAAGAGUUGCUCUAUUAAAGGUAUAAGGUUUAUAUCUGAAAAAUUAAGUGACGAAAUAUAAUCAUUUUUGAUAACGGUUCUUAUAAACAACCGAUGAAGUAUUGCUUUCUGCUUGAGAAGGUCAUACCCAUUCUUCCAUUACGAAAUGUAUCGGAAGGGCUCCAAGACUGGUACAUACUCGUAUAUAUCCCGUUUUUCUAAUUUGAGUCGCAAGUAAGUACCAAACAAAACUAUUCCACUUGUAAGGGCCCAGCGUCAAAAUUAGCUUUAGACUCCCUUAACUUUGCCAUGUCUACAGGAAAGACGCGAAUGAACUGAGCAUACUAUAAUAUGUGUAUGAGCUAAACGCUCAAAUUGUAUUGCUACCAUUUUUUUUAUAAAACUGAUUAUAUUGAAUUAUAUCUGUGUUACUUUCACUUUUUAAAUAUCGCGGUAACCGAAGACAAUCUUAAAAAUAGUUUGUACACAACUCUUUUCCAAACCACAUAGAUGUAUUGUAGCUCUAUUAAAUUUGCAAUACUUGGCACCACUAACCCGGAGUUAAGCGGUUGAACCGUUAAAUCAGUGUCAAAAUACACUGGUAACCAUGGUAUGUCCAUCUUUAACCGGUUAACCCCCGGUUACCAUGCAAGUGGCCCUCUCUGGUACAAUGUAUGUAGAUUGCAUUAUCUACAAGAACGAAUUGUAAAUUAAUACCGCUUGGGAUAGACAUAACGUGUUUAAAGAGAAAAUAAACUUAAGGCCCCCCCCCCCACAUCUGGCGUCUUUCGAGCGUCGGCGUCUGUCGGCGUCGGUCCAGCGCUAUGGAAAAUGACGUCGCUGCGCAGUUGCGUCGACGUCGGCCAUAGAAUUGUAGACGCCGACGCUCGUAAGACGCCAGAUGUGGGGGGGCCCUAAGGAUGUUUCUGGAUUUGUGGAUUUACGCAAAAAGUUUGUGGAUAUAGAUUAAGAAUCAAUCAUAAGCAAAUGAACUGAAAAUAUUUCUUUAAUAAUUUCAAACUAUGAUUUGUUAACCAUUUUUUUAUCCUAUGACUUGUUUUGCCAGUCAUUGAGAAGGAUACAGUUCAUUAUGUCUUAUCUUUAACUAUCGACACUAUGUUAAGUGACUAGGCAAUAAAAGUGUUUGCCAAA